CACAGACCAAAAAUAUGAUAAAACUAGCACUUGUAAAUAAACAGUUUAUUAACUUUUAAAAGUUCAUGAAACUAAUCUUCAAUAAUUAAUAGCGAUAUAUUUUUAAUGUAUAUUUAAAUUUAUGUAUUUUAUUAGUUUUGCUGAGAAUGACGUGUGAGAUUAUUGUGCGGUUCGCGCGGCUUAAAGAUCUGCAAAAAAGACGUGAACUCGUACAAAACAGCUAUUCUAUUAACUUUUGGGAUGCAUUUUUGUUUUUCUUCUUUCAAGAGUUAACAUUGGAGUUAUGCGUGCUGGGAGCGGCGGUGCUAUUUAUAUUCUGCGGCGUGUCCGUUACUGCCUGCGCCGCUCUGCUGCCAGCUGCAGCCGCAGUCGUUGCGGCUGCGGUCCUGCUCUACCGCUACGCUCUGGCGCUCAAACAUGCACAGAAUGUAUCUAGAGAAUUGUAUGGUCUUGUAGCAGAGGCCCAUGGCUCUUUGCUGCCUCCAGGAAACAACUCUCUGUCGACCAGGAUACAUUUAACUGAAAAUGAAGAUAAAUCCUCUCUCUCUGCUCACCAUGGACAUAUAGUGGGCACUGUGAGUGUUUUAGACUUCCAAGGAUCAUCAGCUAGCGGGUGGGUAGAAGGACUGUCAGUGAUAAGUGAAUGGCGGAGGCACGGUGUCGGUACAGCUUUGACAGGAGCAGCGCGACGAGCGGCGGCAGUUCGUGGUUUGCAAUCACUUGAGUGUGCUUUGUCACACUUACAGCCUUCUGCUCGACGCUUGCUGCAUUCUGCUGGAUGGGAAUGCCGGGGCUCAUAUGAGCGCCGCCUUGCAGGUGCUGCACUUACCCUGCCAGUGCUACGCCUAGGCACUGAUUUGCCCCUUGCUUGAUCAUUCUUCUAUCUACAGUCAUUACUCACUCGCUGCAACUGUAUGUUGACUCAACAAUGUGAUAUUAUAUUAUAAGAAUAAAACUUUAAUUUGUUUAAAUUUUAUUAAUAAAGUAUUUCAAAUG